CAAAUGCCAUUGCCGGGAAUUGACUAUCCCCCUUGAGUCCCGGCCUUUGCUUUCUUUCUGGCCAAGGGAGUAAGACAAGCCUGGCUUUCUCUUCGAGAGAGCCUGAAGAACGAGAAACCAAGAGGAUAUGAAUCAUUAGAUUUGACGAAGGCUUCACGGCACCCCUCCUUUUACCCCCAAGGUUUUGCCAAUUUCAAAGAACAAUGAAUUGUUUCUCUGAAGAUGUGUAAACCAUCACAGAAAGAAGUAACUCAGAUGCGCUCAACUUGGUUCCAUCAUUUCAAAGAACAGAAGAAGCAAGGCUUUAAAAUGCCCAAUUGCCGCCACCGUAUCAUCAUUGCACCCUCCAUGGAGGAAUAUAUUAGCAACAAAACUAGUCCCUUUCUCGAAGUGGAUCCUUCAUCCCAAUUCAGCAAAGGAGGAGGAGGUCCUUGGCAACCAUGUGUCAAGGAAGAAAAGUCAUCAGAGGACGGAGAUGAGGUACAUUCAUGGUUGGCCCAGAGGCUAAAGAUAAACACAGAGCUGGACCAUUUUAUGAACCUGGAUAAGUGGGUGAAUGGCAAGCCCGGCUUGACAAAUUUAGAGAAUCGAAUCUUAAGGAAGAUUAACAGUGACAAAGAAAAUGAGCUGGCUGCCCAACGAGCAGCUAAGAUUGUUCCUUCUGAAACCAUGAAACCUGUCCGGCGCGUACGCAAAUGUAUUCCCUUAAUCAGACUGCCUGAACCCCUGGCUCUGGAGAUCCUGUAUAACCAUCUUUUAAAACACAAGGUGAAAGUCUUCGAAUUGUUCGCCAAGGGAGACUGGGAACACCAGAAGAUCUCCAGGGAAGAAUUUGUUGAUGGAAUGAAAAAAGUUAAUGCUCCUCUGACUGAACGGGAGUUUGAGGAUGUGGUAAUCUACCUGAGCUCCAUGAACAAGUUCAAUGUAAUCUACCUACAAGAUCUGGUAACUUCAUAUAGAUAUUGGUCUGCAUCCAGGAAAAAUGAAAAACAAGAGAAAAGGAAAAAUUAUUUGUAUGGCAAAAAAAGACCGAGAAGGAAGUCAAAGGCUAAGAAGGAAAAGUCUUCAUCCUUAAGAUCCCCUUCCCCACAAUCAAACCUUUUGGAAGUGCCUCCGGUUAACACUGCGCCAGACAGAAUGCUUUUGAGCUAUGAGGAUAUGGAGGAAGUUGGGAAACGAUACAGGGAAAUGAGACGACAAAAUAAGAAAAAAAUAAAUCCCUUGAUAUUUGUGGAAAGAUGUCGCCUGGUAAGAAGUGGCAACAAGGCCUACGAUGACAACAACCUUCCAUCCACUCUGUCAGGCGAGAUGGGAGAGCUGACCGAUGCUUUUCGACAAGCUACCUUUCUGGUCUACCUGAAGUCGGUAAAGGCUUGUGAGGACUACCAAAUCCCACUGACAGAAGACAUCCUCAUGAAAGCUCUGCUUUUCCCUGGAGACAAACUCAUCUUUGAGAAAGGCAACAUCCUCAAGAUCAGACAGCCAGGAGGCUAUUAUGAUGAACUUAAAGAAAUGACACCAACUCUAGACAAGUGGCUGACAGUAGAAGAAUCACCAGCUCUGAAGAAGUCCCAGAAACCAAUCAAGAAAAUGACCUUUAAAGAGUUUGAGACACUGACCAGAAUUUUUCUGAGCUUUUUCGAUUUCGCUGUCGUGACACCUUCCUGUCUUCUUCUUGCAGGACUUAGACGUAAAGUCCCAUCAGCCCCUGCGGUACGUCUUUCCUUCUCACUCUCGCUCUCUUUCCUUCAGCGCUUCCGUGGAGGAGGCUGCUGUUUCUUACUCGGCAACAUGCCCGCCCUCAGGCCCCUCGUGAAGCCCAAGAUCGUCAAGAAGAGGACCAAGAAGUUUAUCCGGCACCAAUCGGACAGAUAUGUCAAGAUCAAGAGAAACUGGCGUAAACCAAGAGGCAUUGACAACAGAGUGCGAAGACGAUUCAAGGGCCAGAUCUUAAUGCCCAACAUCGGUUAUGGAAGCAAUAAGAAGACAAAGCACAUGUUGCCCAGUGGGUUCAGGAAGUUCUUAGUGCACAAUGUUAAAGAGCUCGAGGUGCUCCUGAUGUGCAAUAAAUCUUACUGUGCUGAGAUUGCUCACAAUGUUUCCUCCAAGAAUCGGAAAGUCAUUGUGGAGAGAGCAGCUCAGCUGGCUAUCAAGAUCACCAAUCCAAAUGCUAGAUUGAGGAGUGAAGAAAAUGAGUAAAAUGCUUUGCACGUCUUUGUUUUAAAUAAACCCAACCGACCAUCUA